AUGGCAAUAUUAAGUGAAUACAUUGGUGCAGUAUUUGUUGCUUUCUUAUGGGGUACUACUAACCCCUUAAUUCGUCAAGCGGCAUGUUCUCGAACACAAUCCCGAGAUAUCGCUGGAAAUUAUUAUGGCAAGCGUUUAAUCUGGCAAUUAUGGGAGAUUAUUAGAUAUUGGCCUUUUUCGAUACCAUUUGCAGUAAAUCAGAUAGCAUCACUCUUAUACAUGUGGGUACUGACUAAGUUACCAGUAACUGUUGCUGUUCCACUCGUGAAUUCAUUAACAUUUGUAUUUACUGAAUUAACUGGACGAAUGCUCGGUGAGAAAGGGAAUCAUACUGUUAUUAUCGGAGCUAUUUUGAUUGUCAUCGGAGCUGCUAUUACUGUGUUGGCUGAUUGA